CGGCGUCAACAUCGAAAAAAUAGGCAUGCAGAAGAACUCGAGUUCACUUCGCUCAGUUCGAUCAUCAUCCGGGGAUGAUGCCGACAUAUCACAUGUUUGCGGCAAAAUGCUUCCGGUGUCCGUCCGGACAGCCUAACUUGAAGAUUUCACCGGGCCACUCCAGCACACGACUAAUGAAGCUUGCACAACGCACAUUCAUUGUCUCCGGAGGUUCCUCCGGGCUUGGUUUAGCCACGGUCGAGAAUCUCAUUGCGGCAGGCGCCUUCGUCUCUAUCCUCGACCGCUCAACUCCACCGGAGCAUCUCCUCUCUUCCCCAUCGUCCUCGAAAAUCAAGUUCUACGAGACAGACAUCACCAACCUCGCGCAGAUCGAGCAUGCCGUCGAUAGCACCGUCGCGUGGGCAUCGGAAGUAGGGGCUCCGCUUGGCGGGGUCAUCAACUGUGCCGGGGUCGGGACCGCCGCGAAGAUCAUCGACGCGCACAACGAGCCCCAUCCGGUCGACCUCUGGGACUUCACCCUCGCGGUGAACUUGACCGGGACGUUCAAUCUCACGCGUCUUGCGCUCCGGCACCUGAUCAAGGUCGCGCCCGAGGACGGGCCAGAUGGAGAACGCGGCGUAGUGGUGAUGGUCUCCAGUGCCGCAGCGUUCGAAGGGCAACCCGGUCAAACGGCGUAUUCUGCCACCAAGGGCGCGCUGCAUUCGAUGACGCUUCCUCUUGCCCGGGAUCUCUCGCGACACGCCGUUCGGGUGGUUACUAUUGCGCCAGGGGCCUUCCGGAGCAGUAUGACGGAUAAGCUCCCGGACAAGGCGCGCAAGAUCUUGGUCACACAGGGGAUUGUCUACCCGGCCCGCUUUGGCGAGGCGCCUGAAUUUGGGCAGACAGUGCGUUGGAUCCUGGAGUGCCCGUAUGUGAAUGGAGAGACCAUUCGUUUGAGUGGCGCAGGACGGCUGCCUGGAAAGCUGUAGAGUCCUCAUCUACCGCAGGUGCGCUUAAUAGUGUGUAUUCUAGUGCAGGAAAUAGCACUGAUGACCAAGAUAUCUAAGAAUAAAUCCGCAAUUACAACCUCGCUGGUAAUCUCCCCCCACCCGUCAUCUUUAUACUUUCCCCAUUGAUAUAUGCGCACUCCAAGACCCAGUUGACCGUUUUCGCGAACUCCUCCGGUGCACCGUACCGCCGGGGAAACAGCAGACCCAUAUUUGUGAUCCCGCUUGCGACGCGAUCUGUCCACUGGUCCGUCAUCGGUGUCCCGAAGGGGCCAGGCGCGAUUGCGACGACGCGGAUGCCAAAACGGGCGCAGUCGCGUGCCAUGGGGAGGACUAGGGAACGGAUCGCGCCUUUGGAGGCGGCGUAAGCAAUCGUAGAUGGCAUCCCCUCGUACUGUAGCCUAAUGUGAGCCAGCUGCGAAGCAAGUGAGGACUGGUAUGAUCACGCACUGCAGCAUUGCUGGAAAUGAGGAUGAUGACGCCGCGCUCCCCGUCCCCGUUCUCCGCUGGCACGCGUAUCAGGUGUCGAAGCACCAGACGCGACAGAUUGAAGGUUCCGGUAACGUUCACAGCCAUCACGCGUUCCCAGUUUGUCAUCGAAUGCGGAUUGCCUUUCGCGUCGAUGAUCUACGACCGCGGUUGAGCUAAACGGAGAACGGAGCGACGUGUCCUCGGUGGACACACACACACCGGUUCCCCGCUCCCACCAAUCCCAGCACAGUUCACCAACCCGCCGAGCGGCGCCCCGUUGGCUGCGGCCCACGCGGCUGCCUCGUCGACGGCCUGCUCGAGCCCGUCGUGCUGCGCGAGAUCAGCGGUGAUGAACAGCACCCGGUCGGCCGGGAACUGCUCCUUGGGCGGACGGAGGUCGAGAAUGACGGCUUUGGCCUCGGCCGCGAGCAGUCCUUGGACGGUGGCGAGUCCUAGUCCCGAGGACCUGAGUGUGCAUGUGCUAUGUGUCGGAUGCGAAUUUCAUGGGGUCAGCAGGGCCACGCACCCGCCUGAUACCACGAAUGUCCUGUCUGCGACCUUCAUUGCGGGGAAAUGGGGACAGCUCAAGUUGCCGGGUAUUUAGCGCUAUUAGUAGGACGAGGGGGCGGCGCUUGAAGUUAUAUGAUGUCGCGUGAUUAGUUGUUCUGAUGAUGAUGUCGGGGGAUGGUUGCCUCCGACACGCCGUCCGAAUUACGGGUGUGGGUGGACCGGAUAUGAGCGGUAGACGACCACUUCGGAGACACAUUUGAGCAUUUGCGCACUUGAUUGAGGACAUCCAACUAAGCCUCUCGCCGACAUCGCGAUUAUAGUGGACAGUACAUAUAAUAAAUAGAUAUUAAUUCAUUGACAAAGGUCAAUCGGGGACAGGCAUGGCAUGGCAUAAGCGCUUGAGCAACAGUCCCUCCCAGGUCAGACACUGGUGGCCGGAUCAUUUAUGCGCGCGGGUAUCUCUUCAUCCAGCGCUUGGUCACGCUUCUCAAUCCUCGCAAUCGUCUCUUCCACGAUCAGAAACCCGGUGAUGCCGACGUAGAUCGCCAGAAACUGCAUCGACUUCAGGCUCGAGGAGAUCGGCACCAACAUCAUCACAAUGCUCGCCGCGAAACGCAUGCCAAGCACGACCCUCCGACUGAUGGUCGUCCUGAGGACUUUGCGCACAUGAUGCGGAUGGAGACCCUCCUGGUCGUCGAGGUUCUUGUGCAGCACCCCGAUUGUAGCCAUGGUGAACACGGCGACACCCAGCCCUGCGCCAAAGAACCACUUGAGCCCGGGUCCACCCUCCUCGCUGGUUGUGAACGACUCAGUCACGACCAUGCGGUUGAUCGCUGAUGAGGCAAGGAGCAGAGACAUGCACAUCGGGAAAUGCAACAUGGAGAAAGUGUAUCCAGCGAGCCAGUGCCGACGGAUGGCAUGCACAAAGUGCUUGCUUGCAUGGGAGGUGAAGUACAUCCAGUUGAGAUUGAAUGCAAUCAUCAGUCCUAGAAAUGCUCGACCGGACUCG